AUGAAGCGAUCAGCGAUAGUGAGUGGUUCAACUCCUGGGAAACCUGCUGUCAAAACGAACAAAAGGCAAGGAGAACCUUCCUCUAGAAAGUCGUUGUUCGAUUUUAAGACCGAGAAGGUGUGUAUAGUAUUUUUAUACUUUGAAAUUGUUGUAUGCUAACGUAAAUUUUUGUUUGUAUUUUUAAAAUAUAAAUUGUCAAUUGUGUAUACUAUAAACGAUUAUGAUCCGAUAUGAAAUAGUAUGUAUUUAAAUUAUUUAUAGAAAGACAAUAUCAACCAGCCAGAUCAAUGGUCAAUUGAAGAGAGAAAAGCUCUUGUGGAAUAUGUGGCACUUUUCACCCCAGUAAGUCAAGACCAAGCGUUUCCUGGCCGGCGACCAAAAAAACAGAAUUUUGGGAUAAGUGUGCUGAUGCCAUUUCAUACUCAACAGGAAAGCAGAAAAGAUCAG